AAUUUUUCUGCGGUUUUUUCGGCGGAAUAAUUUUUCACCGCAUCUCUUCCUUACGCUCCCUGGACUGUUGGUACACCCAGGUUAUUUGCUACUACCGAUGAAUAUUUCCCCCAAACGCUUUAAUACUCCACAUCCAGGUUAAUCUUCCUCGCCACUUUACAAAUUAGCCAUUCAUCACCCUCCCCCAGCCCUUUACAAUGAACGAAUCCCCGCUAUCGCACGAGACGGUGCUCCCGUUCAUGGCAGCGCACAAGGCCGAGCUUGAACAGUGUCUUCAGACCCACGACCAAUCGACGAUUCUCGGCUUGGUCAACUUUGUGCAGUCCAAGGCGUUACAGGUGUUCCGUGACAGCGUUGCGGCGCCGCGCGCGGCGAACUUGACGGUUAUGGUGCAAGUCGUGGACACGAUCUGGGCCGAGUUCCACUAUCCCGCGAUUAAAAACUACCAGCAGCAGCACGGACACCUCGCGGCACUCUGCCGUGACGAGAGCAAAGACCGCCGCCGCCGCACAAAAAAUGGCAAGGCCGGCGGCGACUUGCGCAAACUCAAUGAGCAGUACACACGCUUCUCCACCGCGGUCUACCGCUUCUACCACCAGGUGUUUGCCGCCAUCGAGGAAAGGAAUGGACAAAAGACCGAUACGUUGCAAGACAAGCUGAAUCACCUCUUUCAAAGCACUCUGUUCUCGAGUGACCGUUUUAAGGACAACGAGGUAAGUGGUCAAACUAGCGUAGAGCGAAAUGGCAAAGGCCUCUAUGAGUUUAACAAGGAUCUUUUUGAGCUGAGCGGCAAUAAAGCCCGCAAUGGCAACCUUAAACCAAGUUCGUUGGAUAUAUCCCAGCUUUUGUGUUACGUCAGCUAUCGCUGUCUCCUCUCGAUGGGCGACGUUGCGCGCUACAGCACCACCACACAGAUCAAUUACCUCGGACGAGCCGAAGCCCGAGACCCGAACGUUUCCUAUGAGCGUGCGUCCGCAAACUACAUCAAGGCGAUGCUCUUGGUUCCGGAACAGGGCGACGCGUACAACUACCAGGGCAUGGUCAACAACCUCCUUCUGCGCGAUCUCGACGCGCUCUUCUGGUUUGCGCGCGCGGGCAGCGUACGUGUCGUGUCAUCCUUGGGCUGGCACAACUUUACCAACUUGCUCGCGAAGCUCCAGCCGGACGUGUUGGGCGCGCUCCUCCACUCGCGUAUCCGCCGCGCGCGCUCACCCGGCUUCCGUGCGGAUAUGGCGUACUUGUGCGUCGUGGGAUACUAUGCGUCACCGUUGCUCGCGGCGCAGGGCAAAGACGUGUGGCACCAGAACGAUGCCAGCCGUUUGGUCAACGGCACACGCGUCGCGGACAUCGAACAGGCAGUGUGUCUGGGGGUCUCCAACGUCGAGGACGUGACGGUAGUGAAAGAGAUCCUUCUUCUCAUCAUGGUCCAUGCGCGCUUGGAUGUCGACGCGCGUGACGCUUUGUUCGCGUUUGUUGCACGCUACGUCUGCAAUAUUUUGGACAUUUUGCUAGCGGCCAAGACCGAAGAUGAGCCUGUCACUCUCUGCGCCACCAACUUACUUGCCGUCAUUGUCUUCCUCCUGUGGGUCUGUCACCCAGGAAGCGCGCUCUUGGGCGGUGUUAAGAGUGAUAGCCAGGUCUGUGUGCGCCUAGCGGAAUUCUUGAACUUGAUUGAUGAGGAAGAUGAGGAGCCAGAGGCGACAUUGCUUGAUGGAGGCACCGAAAAGGUUCUCUAUGCGGGUCUACCGUUCUCCACGGAGGCACAAAUUGACAUUCAUGGGAAUAUUGUGGCGCUGUUCAGGACGUUUGCGGGGCAGGUUUUAACGGGGAACAGCGCGGGAAUCCGGUACAACGCCGCUUUGGGUAUGUAUGUGUUUGAAGCAAAACAAGUGGCUCCGAAGGUUGUGAAGGCUGGCGGGAGUGAGAAGGCUGAGGCUGUGAAUGAAAAUACCAUGGAUGGUCCAAAGUCUUUCAAGGCUGACAUGAAUGGGUCUGACAGCUCCGCUAACAUAACCUCUUCGAUGAAAAAGCUCGCGAUAGGUACUUGGAAGAACGCUGGGGGUGACUCCCAGCUGAGACCCGCUUCCAGGGCCGACCAGAAGGUGUUUACGUUGGAGGCCUUGGAGGCGGGUAUCAGCCGGGAGUCGUCUGGUGAAGGGUUAAAUCACAUUGUGGCGUCCUUACUCAAGGGAGGGUCGGUUUCACCUCCCGUUCAAGCGUCGAGAAGCAUCUGGGAGCACCAGCCUAAGGCUUCUUCAUCCUAUAGGGGACAAAGCCAGUUCUACUCCCAGGGAUGUCUGACAGGACAGAACCAGCCAAUGGCCCAAUCCGUGGGGCAGAAUUCGGGACAUUCGUCUAUGGGUCAGCCAAUGGCCCAAUCCCACCAGAUGCCCCAGCCAUUGACCCAACCUUCCAUUCUUCCCCAACCUCAUCACCUGGCUCCUCAGAUGCCCCAAGCCCCAUUGGGCACACAGCCCCAGUCAAUAUACCCGGGAAUGUCCCAACCCUUCCCAUACUCCCCGUAUGCAACGCCCCAGCAGCUUCCACAGGGGUAUGGCUACGGGAUGCCGUUGCCACAGCAGAACUUCCAGCAAUUUUCCCCGUUUGGUAAUCAGUAUCAACCGCUGUAUUCGGCUUUCCCUCAGACGAAUGCAUACCUGCAACCCAACGCGAAUUACAGCAUGCCUUCAAAUGGCCAGCCCUUGGCCCGUGAGAAGCUGCAGCCGUGGAACCCGGCGCCGUACCAGAGUCAUCAGUGGUAGGCUUAAACACUGUAGUAUGAUGCAUAAUGUCUCGGCCGUUACACGUGAGCCUGUUCUGGCUAUUGUAUACAAUGUCACAAUAGAUCGCAUGAGGCCUCGUCCGUGCGUAAUUUCAUCUUUUACCAUAGAGCUAACUCCGCGAGGGGAAGGGUUAUUUUUGUCUCUCAUCCAUGGAACUUAACGAGCCCUGUUGUAUGGUUCGGGUGACAAUACGAGUUGCUAUAUUCUACAGUGGGUUCUAGCAAGUUCAACACCAAAAAUUUUGAUUGUUCAGAAAUAUUUGACAUUUGUUAGAGUACUAACUUCUUCUUCGGAGGAGAUAACUUGCGAGGUUAUAAUUAUAAUACACUAAACGUACCAGUGCC